AGGUUUCUGUAGGCAGGUAUUUUGUAUUUGAUAUGGUGAGAAACACAAACUCGUAUUUAGGGGCCCCAGUUGGAUUUAAAGUUUGGGCAUUCUCAAUGUUUCCUAUUUUGGGUUGGAAACAGAAGUGAUCUCUGUCUCACUGGCUGGUGUCUUAUGGAAUCGUAGAGGAUAUUUCCUGCAGCUGAUUGGAUAUCUACUCUUGAGAUGUGAAGUGGUGGAAGAUUUCCUGUGGCAGCAUCAUUUUUGGAGUUACCCGUCUUCUAGAAGUAUCCCUUCUCUUGGAUAUUAAGGCGUUCCUUGGAUAUAUCCUUUCUACCUGAUGGAGCUAUUUGGCUACAACUUUUUGGUUGUACUAUUUGGAAUAUUUCUGGAAUAUUACAGCCUAUGGAUGAUCUUAGAAGUUGAUGUCUGCUUCUUCAUUUCACCACGUGAUAUCUACAAGUGAAUUGGAUUGUCACAAAAGAAUGAAACAGACCAUAGUGAUUCAACCAUUUGGAUUCUACAAUGAUUUAUCAUGGAAAUGUGUAUAUACUUGGAUGAAGAAGAGAGAAGGCGAUGCUUGAGUUUUCCAUUUUGGAUCUACACGAUUUCUGUGUUGGAAUUAUACUCCUUGAUGGAAUUGGGGGAAAUUGACGUGCUGAACGUUCCCAAAACCUGGAAUAUAGCUGUUCUGUUCUAAUUGCUGGAAUGUAUGGGAUGCUGUCAAGACUCCAUUAGCCCAGGGGAAGAGGAUUAUUCUCACUUCUUAAGCCAGUUGCUGCCCACUUAAAAGUACUGUAGUUUGGGACACAUGGUGACGAUCAGUUGUGGAUACAGCAAUCAAAACUGAGCUGGAUGACUACAAAAGAAAGCAGUUGGCGAGCUACCAUGCCUUAUUUGUUGGGAUUGCAGGAUAUUUCCUCGUCUGCCAGCUGCCUGAUUCACACUUAGGACUGGAGAUGUUUAUGAAUGUGGAUCAAUUUAUAAUUGUCUACUUUCUCAAGAAAGAAGUCUGGGGGUUUGAGAGUUUGUCUGGGACUCCUUGCUUCCAGUGGAAUUAUUUUGUCUGGUCACUAAGAUUUUUUUUCUUGUGGUUCAUCUAAAUAUCAUUUGACACCCUUGCCCAUUAAGAAGGUGGAUUACCCCCCUAAGAGGGGCCAAAAUUGGGGAAGUUAUGUUCACAAUUCUCUCCCUAGCUUUAAUUGGGAUUAUAGGUCGUGUUUCCACACUUGGAAAAGGGCUUCAGAUAACAGGGAGCGUGCGUAUGACCAUAGUGCCUAUGGACACCAUGAACGGGGGCCGGGAGGCUUUGAUCGGACGAGACAUUACGAUCAGGAUUACUAUAGAGACCCUCGGGAGCGGACUUUACAGCAUGGGCUCUAUUACACUUCUCGAAGUCGAAGUCCAAACCGCUUUGAUGCUCAUGACCCCCGAUACGAACCUAGGGCUCGGGAGCAGUUUACGCUGCCCAGUGUGGUACACAGGGAUAUCUACAGGGAUGACAUUCCCCGGGAGGUACGAGGCCGAAGGCCAGAGCGGAAUUACCAGCACAGCAGGAGUCGCUCACCACAUUCAUCCCAGUCUAGAAACCAGUCUCCUCAAAGACUGGCUAGCCAAGCGUCCAGACCCACCAGGUCCCCUAGCGGCAGCGGCUCUAGGAGCAGAUCCUCCAGUAGUGAUUCAGUCAGCAGCAGCAGUAGUACCAGCAGUGACAGCAGUGACUCCAGUAGUAGUUCAAGCGAUGACUCCCCAGCCCGAUCCGUCCAGUCUGCAGCAGUCCCAGCACCUGCUUCCCAGUUGCUUUCAUCUCUGGAAAAAGAUGAGCCCCGUAAAAGUUUUGGGAUCAAAGUUCAGAAUCUUCCAGUACGCUCUACAGAUACAAGCCUUAAAGAUGGCCUUUUUCAUGAAUUUAAGAAAUUUGGAAAGGUGACUUCAGUACAGAUACACGGAACUUCUGAAGAAAGGUAUGGUCUGGUAUUUUUUCGGCAGCAAGAGGACCAAGAAAAAGCAUUGACUGCAUCGAAAGGAAAGCUUUUCUUUGGUAUGCAGAUUGAGGUGACAGCAUGGACAGGGCCAGAAACAGAAAGUGAAAAUGAAUUUCGUCCCUUAGAUGAGAGGAUAGAUGAAUUUCACCCCAAAGCAACAAGAACUUUAUUUAUUGGGAACCUUGAAAAAACCACUACUUAUCAUGACCUUCGCAACAUCUUCCAGCGCUUUGGAGAAAUUGUGGAUAUUGAUAUUAAGAAGGUGAAUGGAGUUCCUCAGUAUGCGUUCUUGCAAUAUUGUGAUAUUGCCAGUGUUUGUAAAGCUAUUAAGAAGAUGGAUGGAGAGUACCUUGGAAAUAACCGCCUCAAGCUGGGAUUUGGAAAAAGCAUGCCUACAAACUGUGUGUGGCUAGAUGGGCUUUCUGCAAACGUGUCAGAUCAGUAUUUAACGCGACAUUUCUGCCGAUACGGGCCCGUGGUAAAGGUCGUGUUUGACCGCUUGAAAGGUAUGGCUCUGGUUCUCUACAAUGAAAUUGAAUACGCACAAGCAGCUGUAAAAGAGACCAAAGGGAGGAAAAUUGGCGGAAAUAAAAUUAAGGUGGAUUUUGCAAAUCGGGAAAGUCAGCUGGCAUUUUAUCAUUGCAUGGAGAAGUCUGGUCAAGAUAUCAGAGACUUUUAUGAAAUGUUAGUAGAAAGAAGAGAGGAACGCAGAGGGUCCUAUGACUACAGCCAAGAUCGCACUUAUUACGACACUGUCCGUGCGCCAGGCACAUAUCCUGAGGACUCCAGGCGGGACUAUGCAGCCCGAGGGAGAGAGUUCUAUUCAGAGUGGGAAACUUACCAAGGAGACUACUAUGAAUCACGCUACUAUGACGACCCUCGAGAAUACAGGGAUUACAGGAGUGAUCCUUACGAGCAAGAUAUCCGGGAGUACAGUUACAGGCAAAGGGAACGAGAAAGAGAAAGAGAGAGAUUUGACUCUGACCGUGACAGAGACCAUGAGAGGAGGCCCACUGAACGGAGUCAGAGUCCAGUUCACCUGCGGCGGCCACAGAGCCCUGGAGCCUCCCCCUCACAAGCGGAGAGAUUGCCUGGGGACCCGGAGAGAAGGCUGUACAGCCGGUCCUCAGACCGGAGCGGGAGCUGCAGCUCACUGUCCCCGCCAAGGUACGAGAAAGUCGACAAGUCUCGUUUGGAACGCUAUACAAAAAAUGAAAAGACAGACAAAGAACGAACUUUUGAUCCUGAAAGAGGAGAGAGACGAUUAAUACGGAAGGAAAAAGUGGAAAAGGACAAACCUGACAAGCAGAAGCGGAAAGGAAAAGUUCAUUCCCCUAGUUCUCAGUCUUCCGAAACAGACCAAGAAAAUGAGAGAGAGCAGAGUCCUGGGAAGCCAAGGAGUUCUAAUAAACUGAGCAGAGAGAAAGUGGACAAAGAAGGAAUUGCAAAAAAUCGUCUAGAACUCAUGCCGUAUGUGGUUUUGACUCGAGUCAAAGAGAAAGAGGGAAAAGUUAUCGAGCACAGUCCUUUGGAAAAGCCAAAGUCCAAGCUUGAUAAUGACUCUCUCAAGUCUUCUGCUCUAGAUCAGAAACUUCAAGCCUCUCAGACAGAGCCUGCCAAGUCAGACUUGUCUAAACUGGAAUCUGCUAGAAUGAAAGUGCCAAAGGACAAGGGGCUUUCCAGCCAUGUUGAUGUGGUGGACAAGGAGAGCAGGGUCAAAGCCAGAAAGCACCUCAAGCCAGAGCAGCCUGCAGACGGGGUGAGCGCCACGGGGCUGGAGAAGCUGGAAGCCAGGAGGAGACGUUUUGCAGAUUCGGGUUUGAAAGCAGAUAGGCAAAAGCCAGAGGUCAAGAAGAGCAGUCCAGAUGCGGAAGAAGCUCGGGGACUUGUUAAAAAGCAGCCUGACACAUCAUCUAAAGAUGGCACUCUGCUGAGAGAAGGAGAGCCUGAAAGAAAGACGGUGAGAAAAGAUGUUCCUAAGAGAGAAUCUAAAAAAAUCAAACUGGACAGACUGAAUGCUGCGCCCAGCCCCAAAGAUGGGCCCGAGCUCCCCAAUGCUUCUGUGGGGUCUGGAUCAAGGGCCAGCUCAGACCCGCAGUCAAGACUGGCAGAGCCAGCAGGGGAGUCUGUGGAAAGUCAAGAGGUGCAACCCAAGAAACCUGUCUCUUCCAAACCACAGAGCAAACAGCUGCAGCCGGCAGAGGAUCAAGGCCCAGAGAGAGAGGAUGCUAGGAAAAACUACUGCACCCUUCACGACGAAACACCUGACCGUAAAUCGAGCCAAGAGAAACCACAUCCAGUAAAUCCAGAGGAAAAAAUUGGCAUUGACAUUGAUCACACACAGAGCUACCGAAAACAAAUGGAGCAGAGCCGUAGAAAGCAGCAGAUGGAGAUGGAAAUAGCCAAGUCCGAGAAGUUUGGCAGUCCUAAAAAGGACGUAGAUGACUAUGAAAGACGUAGCCUUGUUCAUGAGGUGGGCAAACCCCCACAGGAUGUCACCGAUGACUCGCCUCCCAGCAAAAAGAAAAGGCUGGAUCAUGUAGACUUCGACGUCUGUACCAAGAGAGAGAGGAAUUACAGAAGUUCACGCCAAGUCAGUGAAGAUUCGGAAAGGACUGGUUGUUCUCCCAGUACCCGCCAUGGCUCCUUCCAUGAAGAUGAUGAUGCUCUGGGGCCCCCUAGGCUCAUGUCAGUGAAAGGGUCCCCUAAAGUAGAUGAGAAAGGUCUCCCCUAUUCUACCUUAACUGUCAGAGAAGAGUCCUUAAAAUUCAAUCCGUACGAUUCCAGUAGGAGAGAACAGAUGGCAGACAUGGCCAAGAUGAAGCUCUCUGUCCUGAACUCCGAAGAGGAUCUGGGUCGCUGGGAUGCUCAGCUGAAGCAGGAUGCCAGCAGGUUUGAUGUGAGUUUCCCAAACAGCAUAAUUAAGAGAGACAGUCUUCGAAAGAGGUCUGUGCGUGAUCUGGAGCCGGGCGAGGUGCCUUCCGACUCUGAUGAGGACGGGGAAUGCAAACCCCACUCCCCCAGAGCCUCCGCCCUCUAUGAGACUUCUCGGCUGUCUUUUUUAUUGAGGGACAGAGAGGACAAACUACGGGACCGAGAUGAAAGACUGCCAAGUUCUCUAGAAAGGAACAGAUUUUACUCUUUUGCACUGGAUAAGACAAUUACACCAGACACUAAAGCUUUGCUUGAGAGAGCUAAAUCCCUCUCCUCGUCUCGAGAGGAGAACUGGUCUUUUCUUGAUUGGGACUCCCGCUUUGCUAAUUUUCGAAAUAACAAAGAUAAAGAAAAAGUUGACUCUGCUCCAAGACCUAUUCCAUCCUGGUACAUGAAAAAGAAGAAAAUUAGGACAGAUUCAGAAGGGAAAAUGGACGAUAAAAAAGAUGACCAUAAAGAGGAAGAGCAGGAAAGGCAAGAAUUAUUUGCUUCUCGUUUUUUACACAGUUCAAUCUUUGAACAAGAUUCCAAGCGCUUACAGCAUCUGGAGAGAAAGGAGGAAGAGCCAGACUUUGUUUGUGGAAGGUUGUAUGGGAGGCAGACAUCAGAUGGCACCAGCAGCACAGCUGAUUUGAUUCAAGAGCCAGUCGUUUUGUUCCAUAGCAGAUUCAUGGAGCUCACACGAAUGCAGCAGAAAGAAAAAGAAAAAGAUCAAAAACCGAAAGAGGUUGAGAAACCAGAAGAGACAGAGAGUCAUCCCAAGACGCCAGAGUGUGCUUCUGAGAAUAAAGAGUCAGAGCUGAAGGUGCCAGCUGCCGGUGGGCCUCCUGGCGGCCAAGCUGGAACUCCAGAGCCAGCAGCGUCAGCGCCAGAGAAGGCGACCGGCGAGAAGACGGGGGACGAGCCUUCUGUCACAGAAGAGAAGGCCGUCGAGCCUGUCCCUGUCGCAGAUGAAGCAAAACCUGUGUCUGAACCAGCCCCUGUUCUUGCGGAACAACCCGAACAAGCAGAUUUGCCUCCAGGAGUAGAUAUCAGUCAAGGUGCUGCCGGGGCUGCUGGGGCUGCUGGGGCGGAGGAACGUGUCUCUGUUGACCCACCACCUUCUCUGGAUGCUAAGCCUCCAACUCCUGGGGCCUCCUAUUCCCAGGGAGAGAGCACUGUGGCUCCAGAAGCUGAUAGUGCUCAGCCGCUUGCAAAGCCAACACGGAAGGCAGAGGAAGCUGAGGAGCCAAAGGCCGAAAAGCCACACUCACCUGCUUGCGAUGAGCCUGCUGCAAGUCAGAAAGCUGAAGUUGCCUCUGAGGCUCUGCCCCAAGUGUCCGAGGACUUGGAGGUUGACCCUCCAACUGCUGUAAAAGAUAAAAAGCCAAACAAAAGUAAGCGUUCUAAGACCCCAGUCCAGGCAGCUGCAGCAAGCACUGUGGAGAAGCCCGUCACGAGGAAGAGUGAGAGAAUAGACCGGGAGAAGCUAAAGCGAUCCAGUUCUCCCCGCGGGGAAGCACAGAAGCUUUUAGAACUGAAGAUGGAGGCAGAGAAAAUUACAAGGACUGCUUCAAAAAACUCUGCUGGGGACCCCGAGCAUCCUGAACCAAGCUUGCCGCUCAGCCGCACCAGGCGCCGGAACGUCAGGAGUGUUUACGCCACCAUGGCUGACCGCGAAAGCCGCUCUCCGGCCAAAGAGCCCACGGAGCAACCCAGGGUAACCCGAAAACGAUUGGAGCGAGAACUUCAGGAAGCCGCAGCAGUUCCCACCACCCCUCGCAGGGGAAGGCCUCCAAAGACGCGCCGUCGGGCCGAAGAGGAUGAUGAUGAGGCCAAAGAGCCCACAGAGACACUCAAGCCUGAAGGUUGGAGAUCCCCGCGAUCUCAGAAAUCGGCGGCCGGAGGCCUCCAGGGAAGAAAGGGGAGAAAUGAAGCCAGAGUUGAUCCUGAGCGUCCUGAGGCCACUGCUGAGGAGAGUGCCCAGGUCCCCGCUAAGGAAAGUAACGCCAAGUCCAAGACUGAUAAAGAAGCAGCAGCGACUGAGCAGAAAUGCGAUAGGAAAGAAAGCACGGACAGAAACAUCCCCGAGGUAGCUGCAGCUGAAGUGGUGGAGAAAAAGCCAGCCCCUGAAAAAACCUCCAAAUCCAAGAGAGGCAGAUCCCGCAGUGUGAGGUCAGCCAUGGACAGAUCUGCAAGUCUGAAAAGUGUGGAGGCCACCGCCAGUCCCGGCGUGGCUGCGGGGCAGGCCACAGUGAAGGAAGCUGGGGUCGUAGCCGUCUCCCCUGAGAAAAGCAAGACUUCUCCAAAGGACGAUACUCUACCAUCUCAAUUGAAAAAUGACUGUGUGGAUGCAGACGGGGAGGCAGAGAAGGAGGACACGUCUGCCUCCCCGGAAACCACCCAGCUAGCUAAGCAGAUGGAGCUGGAGCGGGCCGUGGAGAACAUCGCCAAGCUCACCGAAAGCGCCGCCGCGGCGUACAAGGCAGCAGGUGCACCCGAGGGCCUUGCUUCAGAGGACAAGCCCACACAGCAGGCAAGUGAAACAGAGCUGGCCGCGGCCAUUGGCUCCAUCAUCAACGACAUUUCUGGGGAACCAGAAAACUUCCCAGCCUCUGCGCCUUACUCGGCAGACUCUCAGACACAUGUGCAGCCUCCUGAGGAAGGAGUGGAGCCUGAGACCAAUGAGGCGGUGUCUGGCAUCUUGGAGACUGAGACGUCCACAGAGUCUUCUAGGCCAGCAGCCAGUGCCGCUGACCCCUCAACAGGGCCAGCGAAUGCAGAGAGAAUCAAGGAAUCCAGAGAGAACAGCAGCGAAAGCUCGCCACCAGCACAGGAAGCCAAAGGGCCAAAAGAAGCAGAAGUUGCCCAGGUGCGGAAGGACAAGGGGCGCCAGAAGACAACCCGCUCGCGCCGCAAACGGAAUACAAACAAGAAGGCAGGGGCUGCCCCAGAGCCGCAUGCCUCCAAGGCGGAGCUCACUGCUUCCAGCGAGGGGACGACUGAGGGGACGGUGGUGCCACCCCCAGAACCUCCCCAGGAGGAGGAGCAGAGCAAAAAGCCCCCCUCCUCUCCUGCCCCGGCACAUGCUUCUGAUCCAAGCGAGUCUCCGCCUGCGGAGUGCGUGUCUCAAGAGAGCACUGUUGCUGAAGAGAGAACGCCACCCAGUGCCCCGGCCCUCCCAGAGCUGCCCCCUCCUGCCCAGCUGGUACCCGUGGAUGAUGAGCCGCAAGCCAGGUUCAAGGUGCAUUCAGUCAUCGAAAGUGACCCCGUGACACCUCCCAGCGACUCAAGUGUACCCCCACCUACAAUUCCUUCUGUGACGCCCGUAAAGCUGCCCCCACCUGCUGCCUCUGGGGGGAUCGCACACCAGAGUCCCCCUGCUAAGGUGACAGAGUGGAUCACAAGGCAGGAGGAGCCCCGGGCUCCGUCCACUCCGUCCCCAGCUCUUCCCCCAGACACAAAGGCCUCUGAUGUUGACACCAGCUCCAGUACAUUGAGGAAAAUCCUCAUGGACCCCAAGUACGUGUCAGCCACGGGCAUCACCUCCACGAGUGUCACCACAGCCAUUGCAGAGCCUGUCAGUGCCACCCCUUGCCUGCAUGAGGCACCGCCCCUCGCAGCUGAACCAAAAAGGCCUCUUUUGGAAGAAAAAACACCAGCUGCAGUUACCAGCCCCUGUGACACUCAAGUCCCGGAGGUGCCGGUGGCAGCUGACAAGGAGAAGGUGGCUCCAGUCAUUGCUCCCAAAAUCACUUCUGUGAUCAGCCGGAUGCCUGUCAGCAUUGACUUGGAGAAUUCCCAGAAGAUCACCCUGGCGAAACCCGCUCCGCAGACCCUCACUGGCCUGGUGAGCGCCCUGACGGGCCUGGUGAAUGUCUCCCUGGUGCCCGUGAAUGCCCUGAAGGGCCCUGUAAAGGGCUCCAUGGCCACGCUGAAGGGCUUGGUGAGCACGCCUGCAGGGCCUGUCAACGUCCUGAAGGGGCCUGUCAACGUCCUCACGGGGCCCGUGAACGUCCUCACGGCCCCUGUGAACGCCACCACAGGCAUGGUGAAUGCCGCCACGGGCACCAUCAACGCCACGGGGCCAGUGAACGCCGGUGCCAUCACGGUCGCAGCCGCAACAGUGACUGCGGCAGCUGGUGGGGUGACCAGCACAGCUGGCGCAGUGACCGCAGCUGGUGCCGUGAUUGCACCGUCAGCCAAGUGCAAACCGAGAGCCAGCACUAACGAGAAUAGUCGGUUCCACCCUGGGUCUAUGUCCGUGAUCGACGAGCGGCCGGCCGAGACGGGCUCUGGCGCAGGGCUGCGUGUGAACACUUCCGAAGGGGUUGUCCUUCUGAGCUACUCGGGGCAGAAGACAGAAGGCCCCCAGCGGAUCAGUGCCAAGAUCAGUCAGAUCCCCCCUGCUAGUGCGAUGGACAUUGAGUUCCAGCAGUCGGUGUCCAAGUCCCAGGUCAAAGCUGACUGUGUCACGCCAUCCCAGGCCACAGCCAAAGGCCCUCAGGCCCCUUCAGGCUAUGCGAACGUGGCCACCCAUUCCACUUUGGUCCUGACUGCCCAGACGUACAACGCGUCUCCUGUGAUCUCCUCUGUGAAGCCUGACCGGCCAUCCUUGGAGAAGCCCGAGCCCAUCCACCUCUCGGUGUCUGCGCCGGUCACUCAGGGAGGCACGGUGAAGGUCCUCACGCAGGGCAUCAACACACCUCCCGUGCUGGUCCACAACCAGUUGGUCCUCACCCCCAGCAUCGUAACCACUAACAAGAAGCUUGCUGACCCUGUCACUCUCAAGAUAGAGACCAAGGUCCUUCAGCCAGCUAAUCUGGGAUCCACUCUCACUCCUCACCACGCUCCUGCUCUGCCCAGCAAACUGCCUGCGGAAGUGAACCAUGUCAGCGCGGGACCUAGCACCCCGACAGAUCGAACUGGCCCCCACUUGGCAACCACAAAGCCAGACACACACUCUGCCAGACCCAGUGGGCCUGCCUCCUCCCCGUUCCCAAGGGCGUGCCACCCCAGCAGCACCACCUCCGCUGCAUUGUCUACCAAUGCCACAGUCAUGCUGGCCGCGGGGAUCCCAGUGCCUCAGUUCAUCUCCAGCAUCCACCCAGAGCAGUCUGUCAUUAUGCCGCCCCACAGCAUCACCCAGACUGUGUCCCUCGGCCACUUGUCCCAGGGUGAGGUGAGAAUGAGCACCCCCACCCUGCCCAGCAUCACCUACAGCAUUCGACCAGAGACCUUGCACUCCCCUCGGGCUCCCCUGCAGCCCCAGCAGAUUGAGGUCAGGGCCCCCCCGCGUGUGGGGACGCCCCAGCCAGCAGCUGCUGGUGUGCCUGCCCUGGCCUCCCAGCACCCCCCUGAGGACGAAGUCCAGUAUCACCUCCCCGUGGCUCGCGCUGCGGCCCCAGUGCAGUCUGAGGUGCUGGUCAUGCAGUCUGAGUACCGGUUGCACCCGUACACCGUGCCCCGAGACGUAAGGAUCAUGGUGCAUCCGCAUGUGACGGCAGUCAGCGAGCAGCCCCGCGUGGCAGAUGGGGUCGUGAAGGCCCCACUAGCCAGCAAGGCCCCCCAGCAGCCAGUGAAAGAAGCUGCCAAGACAUCAGAUGCCAAAGCAGCCCCUGCGCCUGUGCCUGCGCCUGCCCCUGUCCCCGCCCCUGCCCCUGCCCCUCACGGUGAGGCGCGCAUACUCACCGUCACCCCUAGCAACCAACUCCAGGGGCUGCCUUUGACACCCCCUGUGGUGGUGACCCAUGGGGUGCAGAUUGUGCACUCCAGUGGGGAGCUGUUUCAGGAGUACAGGUACGGCGACAUCCGGACUUACCACGCCCCAGCUCAGCUCACUCAUGCCCAGUUCCCUGCCGCUUCCUCAGUUGGCCUGACUUCACGGACCAAGGUCCCUGCGCAGGGUCCUCCAGAAAGUGAGCCCUUGCCACCCGCACAACCCUCGCAGUCCUCACAGCCUGUCCCACCUGUGCCAUCCCCGCAGUCUGCUCAGCCUGCCCUGCCUUGCCAGCCGUCACAGCUCAGCCAGCCUGGCCAGCCAUCAAGCAGCAAGGUGCCUCAAGUCUCGCAGGAGGCCAAGGGGACCCAGACUGGGGGAGUCGAGCAGCUUCGCCUCCCGGCUGGCCCUCCCAGCAGGCCCUCGGAGUCCCUUGCCCAGCUGCAGAGGGCCCAGGUGGAAGCAGGCCAGACUUCCCACCCUUCCCCUGUCUCUGUCUCCAUGAAGCCUGACCUCCAGGCCCCUCUUCCUGCUCAGGCUGCCCCAAAACAGCCAUUGUUUGUCACCACGGCCUCUGGCCCCAGCACCCCGCCAGGCCUGGCUCUGCCACACGCUGAAGCCCAGCCAAGCCCCAAGCCAGAUGCCUCACCACACUUGACAUCCCAGAGACCUGUGGACAUGGUCCAACUUCUGAAGAAGUACCCCAUCGUGUGGCAGGGCCUGUUGGCCCUCAAGAAUGACACAGCUGCCGUGCAGCUCCACUUUGUGUCUGGCAACAACGUGCUGGCGCAUCGUUCCCUGCCGCUCUCCGAGGGAGGCCCCCCACUGCGGAUAGCCCAGAGGAUGCGGCUGGAGGCCUCGCAGCUGGAAGGGGUUGCCCGGAGGAUGACGGUGGAGACAGAUUACUGUCUGUUGCUGGCUCUGCCCUGUGGCCGUGACCAAGAAGACGUCGUGAGCCAGACUGAAUCUCUCAAGGCUGCCUUUAUCACCUACCUGCAAGCCAAGCAGGCAGCUGGGAUCAUCAAUGUUCCCAAUCCUGGCUCCAAUCAGCCCGCCUACGUGCUGCAGAUCUUCCCGCCCUGCGAGUUCUCCGAGAGUCACCUCUCCCGGCUGGCCCCAGACCUCCUGGCCAGCAUCUCCAACAUUUCUCCCCACCUCAUGAUUGUCAUUGCCUCGGUGUGAGCCCCUGGAUGGUCCCCACCUUUGGGUACGUUCUCAAGGCUCUGCAGUGAAACGGAACCAGUGGACAGCGCGGCCAGGCCAGAAGCAGCUGCUGAAGGGGAGGACUCCACUGCCAGAUGCCAGCCUCCUGCUCCCGCGCCUGCGGACAGACCUCUGGGCAGUGGUGCUGCUACGUGUAUGUUUACCUGAUGCUCUAGCCCAAGGACACAGAUGAUCAACCGCUGGCCUGGCAGGCGCCUUGGGACUGGGGUUCUCUCUCUUCUUUUUGAAGAAAAGGAACAGGGCAGUGGAAUUACAUUGUUUUUGUUUUUAAGAAACAAGAAACAGAACUGCCUUUGCACUAAAUUAGUGACUUGGACUUUGCACAGUGAAGACGGGCUGUGACUGGGUGUUGAACACGGCAAGGAC